AUGGCCUUGCUGUCGGGCAUCCGGACGCAGGUGCUGUCGUGGUGGCAAGGCACGCCGCUGCCCGGCCUUCCGGACGCGCCGUGCCAUUUCCAGGCGUGGCACGCAUUUGACGACUCCAGCAAUUCAUGGCGUCCGAUCGAGUCGACGAGCAAUCAGGCCGCCCCGGGCCAUGGUCAUGACGGCUUUAGAAUCGUCACCUGGAACGUUGACGCCACAUCGCCUUUGCCCCAAAUGCGUGCAGGCGGCAUCAUUUCCCGUGCCCUCGGUCUGAGCUCCGCCGUCGACGUCGUCUUUCUUCAGGAAGUCUCGCAGCCUGCUCUUUCGUUCAUACUGGGCGACGCGCGGAUACGUCAACUCUGGUACUCGAGUGAUGCCGAUACGUCCAAAUGGGGAGGCCAAUCCUUUGGGACAAUCACGUUGCUCUCAAAGCGACGGUUUGAUAGGGCAGCAACUCUCGGUCCGGUUUGGAGAGUCAAGUACCCCAGCCGCUUCGCCAGAGAUGCACUUUGCUGCGACAUCCUAGCCCCUCCAUCUAGCCCAGAACAAGGCGUCGUUCGCGUCCGACUCGUCAAUGUCCAUCUGGAUUCGCUCCCAAUAAGGCCCUCCCACCGUCCUCGACAAGUCUCGGUCAUUGCUUCGCUCAUACGGAGCGCGGGUCACGGCCUCGUCGCUGGAGACUUUAACCCCGUGCUUCCAGAAGACAACUCUCUUGUGGAGGAUCGCGGACUGACAGACGCAUGGGGUCAGCUUCACGGCCAAGAUCCGGGCUUCACGUGGGGGCUUGAUGGGAAGCAACCAUUUCCUCCGGGUCGGCUGGACAAGAUUGCUGCCAUGGGCAUCCAAGUUGAAGCAAUUGAGAUUAUGCAUCCAGAAAUCACCACUCAUAUAGAUGCAUCGCGCAACGAGACCACUGGCCCGGUGCCAUGGAGCGACCAUUCUGGGCUCUGGUGCCACUUUAGUGUCUCACCUUGA